CAUUCCCACUUCUUGUUCUACUAACUGCUAAUUCUCACAAACCUUGGCUCUCAAAUCAAUAAACAAUAUCACUUCUCUGAAUUGAAAUGGCAAAUUUUAGAUUCUUUAUUGGGUUCUGUGUUUUGAUUCUUGCCUUGGAACCCAAGCUUCCUGCAGUACUGGCCGAUGAUAGUGGUAACGUGGGUGGUGUUGGUAGUGAAGUAUGGGAGCUAUGUGAUACAGACUUGAGGACCUUCCUGCCUCCACCAUAUGCCAAUCUCUCUGGUGUCGUCUGCAAGCCCGUUUGGAAUACUUUUAUCUUGAGGUACUCGCAGAGUGAAGAUCAUGUUGUGAACAUUAUAUUAUCAGCUGUAUACACCACUGGGUGGGUGGGAAUGGGAUUUUCGAAAGAUGGAAUGAUGGUUGGUUCCAGUGCCAUGGUGGGAUGGCUUAACAGAAAAGGUCGUGCAAGAGUCAAGCAAUACUUUUUGCAAGGUUCCAAGGAGUGGCAAGUGAUACCAGACAAAGGAGAGUUGCCGCUCACCGGUGUUCCUGCUUCUGUUGUGAUUCAUGGGGCCACAAUUUACUUGGCAUUUCAGUUGAAAUUUCAAACUCACCUGGCUCGCCAGCCGAUUAUUUUGGCUUUUGGAAACGCAUAUCCAAAGCACACUGGCCAUCUACCUAAGCAUGAGGACAAGACAACUGUCACGUUCGACUUCUCUGCAGGUUCUGUGUCCGUUGAAUCCACCGAUUUUGGCAAGAUGAAGAAGAACCAUGGGAUAUUGGGCAUAAUCGGGUGGGGUCUGAUCCUUCCUAUCGGCGCAAUUGUCCCAAGAUACUUCAAGCACAAGGACCCCCUGUGGUAUUAUCUCCAUUCAGUUAUUCAAAUCGUGGGGUUUGUCAUCGGGCUUGGUGCCGUGAUCCUUGGACGGCAGCUUUAUAAUAUAAUAAACGCCAAUUUUCCGACGCAUAGAGGCAUCGGAAUCUUUGUUCUUGUACUCAGUAUUCUUCAGAUUCUGGCAUUCUUUCUACGGCCUAACAAAGAUGCUAAGAUUCGCAAGUUCUGGAACUGGUACCACCAUUGGAUGGGAAGGAUUGCCCUCUUCUUUGGAGCUCUGAACAUAGUGUUGGGGAUCCAAAUUGGAGGUGCAGGAAAUGAUUGGAAGAUAGGCUACGGAUUUCUUCUCGGUGUGGUUCUUGUUGCCGUCAUUGUUCUGGAAGUGUUAGCAUGGAUGAGAAGGUCAGAGAAGCCUACAACCAUGGAUCCAUCCUUCCAAAUGGGUCAAGUUGAAUGAAUAAGUUGCAUUCGAAGUACUUUGACUAAAAGGUUGACAAUUGAUGCUACAAGAUUGCAUCUGUGAAAGGGGGCAAGCUCGUUGAACCUACUUCUGGUUCAACUUUCACAUCAACUGGCCCCAACUUGUGUUUUGAUCCAAUCCUAGAAGUUCAUGUGUGGGCUUUCCUAGUGCAGAAGCUAGAGAGUCAAAUUGAAGAGCUGGAUUAAUGUUUGCUAGAUUGGAGAAUACCAAUGCAUGCCAGCUUCCCCCCUCAAGCUAAAACUAACAGAGUGAUGAGCUUCGUAUUUUCCUGUACAGAGUAUAUGUUUACCUUGUUUGAGCAAGUGAGCAUAAAGCCUGGUUUGCUUGUGGAAGAGUUAUAAGGCCAUUUUGAGUGCUUGUUUCCUUACAAGCCGUUUGAUUCUUCUGUUUUUUUCUUUUUUUCUUUUUUUUCUUUUUCAAUGGAUGAGGGGUGAUGAUCUUGGGUAGUCUAAGGCUGGUGACAGAGCAGCCUUCAAAAGAUGAUGCCAUCUACUUCCAAGAAAAUAAAUUUCACUGAUCAUAACA